CCGCCCGACCUCGGCGCCCGCCGACGACUUUGCCGCCAGCUCCGCGGCUCUUUGUCUCCGCUUGGGUGGGCGCCCGACUCUGGGAUUUCGCUGCGAGAGCGAGCUGGGGGGGCCGGGGGCGAGCUCUCGGUUUGCCGGCCGCCCCCCGCUGGGGUUUGGCUCCCCCCUCCCCCGCACCUCCCCGGCCCGGGCUCUCGGCGUUUCCACGCUCUCGGAAUCACGACCCCUCCCUGCCAUGUAUCCGCAAGGCAGACAUCCGGCUCCCCAUCAGCCCGGGCAGCCGGGAUUUAAAUUCACGGUGGCUGAGUCUUGUGACAGGAUCAAAGACGAAUUCCAGUUUCUGCAAGCUCAAUAUCACAGCCUCAAAGUGGAGUAUGACAAGCUGGCGAACGAAAAGACGGAGAUGCAACGCCAUUAUGUGAUGUACUAUGAGAUGUCCUAUGGCUUGAACAUUGAAAUGCACAAGCAGACAGAGAUUGCGAAGAGACUGAACACAAUUUUAGCACAGAUCAUGCCUUUCCUGUCACAAGAGCACCAGCAACAGGUGGCGCAGGCUGUGGAACGUGCCAAGCAGGUCACCAUGACGGAGCUGAAUGCCAUCAUCGGGGUACGUGGACUCCCCAAUCUGCCUCUCACCCAACAGCAGCUCCAGGCGCAGCACCUCUCCCAUGCCACGCAUGGCCCCCCGGUCCAGUUGCCACCCCACCCAUCAGGCCUCCAGCCUCCAGGGAUCCCCCCAGUGACAGGAAGCAGCUCGGGGCUGCUGGCACUCGGAGCCCUGGGCAGCCAGGCCCACAUGACGGUGAAGGACGAGAAGAACCACCAUGAGCUGGACCACAGAGAGAGAGAAUCCAGCGCGAACAACUCCGUGUCACCCUCAGAAAGCCUGCGAGCCAGUGAGAAGCACCGGGGCUCUGCAGACUACAGCAUGGAAGCCAAGAAGCGGAAGGCCGAGGAAAAGGACAGCCUGAGCCGAUACGACAGUGAUGGGGACAAGAGUGAUGAUCUAGUGGUGGAUGUUUCCAAUGAGGACCCAGCAACACCCCGGGUCAGCCCAGCACACUCCCCUCCUGAAAAUGGGCUGGACAAAGCCCGUGGCCUGAAAAAGGAUGCCCCCACCAGCCCUGCCUCAGUGGCCUCUUCCAGCAGCACACCUUCCUCCAAGACCAAAGACCUUGGUCAUAAUGACAAAUCCUCCACUCCUGGGCUCAAGUCCAACACACCAACCCCGAGGAAUGAUGCUCCAACUCCAGGCACCAGCACGACCCCAGGGCUCCGGUCAAUGCCAGGAAAACCUCCAGGCAUGGACCCGAUAGGUAUAAUGGCUUCGGCCCUGCGCACGCCCAUCUCCAUCACCAGCUCCUACGCAGCGCCCUUUGCUAUGAUGAGCCACCACGAGAUGAAUGGGUCCCUCACCAGCCCCAGUGCCUACGCCGGCCUCCACAACAUCCCUCCCCAGAUGAGUGCUGCCGCUGCGGCCGCCGCUGCCGCCUAUGGCCGAUCACCAAUGGUGAGCUUUGGAGCUGUUGGUUUUGACCCUCACCCCCCGAUGCGGGCCACAGGCCUGCCCUCAAGCCUCGCCUCCAUUCCUGGUGGAAAACCAGCCUACUCUUUUCAUGUGAGUGCUGAUGGGCAGAUGCAGCCUGUGCCCUUCCCUCACGACGCCCUGGCAGGCCCCGGCAUCCCAAGGCACGCCCGGCAGAUCAACACACUCAGCCACGGGGAGGUGGUAUGUGCCGUGACCAUCAGCAACCCCACGCGGCACGUCUAUACAGGUGGCAAGGGUUGUGUGAAGAUCUGGGACAUCAGCCAGCCAGGCAGCAAGAGCCCUAUCUCCCAGCUGGACUGCCUGAAUAGGGACAACUAUAUCCGCUCCUGCAAGCUGCUCCCUGAUGGGCGCACGCUCAUCGUGGGCGGUGAGGCCAGCACACUCACCAUCUGGGACCUGGCCUCACCCACACCUCGCAUCAAGGCCGAGCUGACGUCCUCUGCCCCUGCCUGCUAUGCCUUGGCCAUCAGCCCUGAUGCCAAAGUCUGCUUUUCCUGCUGCAGCGAUGGAAACAUUGCCGUGUGGGACCUGCACAACCAGACGCUCGUCAGGCAGUUCCAGGGCCACACAGAUGGGGCCAGCUGCAUAGACAUCUCCCACGAUGGCACCAAGCUGUGGACUGGGGGACUGGACAACACCGUGCGCUCUUGGGACCUGCGGGAGGGCCGGCAGCUGCAACAGCAUGACUUUACCUCCCAGAUCUUCUCGCUGGGUUACUGCCCCACUGGGGAGUGGCUGGCCGUGGGCAUGGAAAGCAGCAAUGUGGAGGUGCUGCACCACACCAAGCCGGACAAGUACCAGCUGCACCUGCACGAGAGCUGUGUGCUCUCCCUCAAGUUCGCCUACUGCGGCAAGUGGUUUGUGAGCACUGGGAAAGAUAACCUUCUCAAUGCUUGGAGGACACCGUACGGAGCCAGCAUAUUCCAGGUACCACCUGUUAUCCAAGUGCCCCUCUUGGUUCUGCCCAGAGUCAGGGUCGGGCUGUGGUGAUGGGGGUGGGGAAGGUGAGGGGCAAAGCAGUACCUGCCCUGGUUCUUCCAGCUCCUUCCCAUCAGGGUCUCCAGAAGCAAGGACUUGGGCCCAUCAGUAUGGUACUCUCUGCUGCUAAUGACAUCUGACCCCUCAGGGUGAGGGUUUUUAGGCAGGGGCUCUUGUAGGAUUUCUAGAGCCAAGAGGAGAGAAAACGUGCUCUUGGCUCUGGCCUGUAUGCGGAGCACUCAGAGGCAGUGAGGAGUGUAGCACACAGGACAGCUCUUUUCAGAACAGUGUUACCUGAUACUCAAGUAAGGUCGUAUUUCAUCUCAGCAUUUCAGAGGUGGGGCAGGAGGAAAAGGUCCAGAAAGAGGUGGGAGAGGGAGGAGGCUUUUUCUGAUUCUUCAAGAUCUGUGGCCUGACAUCCAAGAGUGCUGUGGGCCCUGCAGUGGGCUUCUUGUGGACAAGCCCGUGGAAGGGGCAUCUCUAACUAAAAGCGCCUCUCCUGGGCUGUGUUUGAAGUCCAUGCUGUGUGCA